CAUUAAAAAAAAUGAUAAAUUAUAAGAAUAUAAAUAGUACAAUAUCGAAACUUAUAUUCAAUACAUUUUACUUAAAUUCAUCUUUUUAAUAAAUGUGUUAUGAUUUUUUUAUUUAAACAAGUUUUUAUUUUAAGUAUAUUAAAAAUGCGAAUUUGAAAAUCUACAAUUCGCACUAGACUUUCUGCACUGUCAACGUGUUUCAAAAAGCAGUUUAAAAUAAGUUCAAAAAAAAAUAUUGAUUUUACACCGACUGUUAUGAUGUCAUGCUUCCUUAGUUACGAAUACGAAGUAAAUAGAAUCAACAAUCUGAUACAAAUUCGAGGCACAAGCCUUUCGUGAUCUUAGGAAGUUUCUUAUAAAGAUCCGCACAAUUUUGCAAUGAACACCUCGACAGCGAGCAACGCUUUAGCUCCACCUCCUGAUAAUGCUAACAAUAUGGAACAAUCGGAGACCAAAAUCAUGAAAAAGUUAUGGGUAGAUACAAAGUCUUUGAACGUGCCAAAUGUUCUGGAUCCAGAUGACUCCUUGAUGAAAAAAUUUCAAGAUGCUCUGCGGGAGCAUCUUAUUCGCGUUGACAAUAAAUUAAACACCGAAAUAUUAGAGCUUGAGGCUAAUAUAAAAGCUAUGGAGCAAGAACGUGAAGAGGAAUGUUUACAGUUAUAUAAUGCGCAACAAGAAAUAGCACAGCAGCAAAUGACAAUUGAGAAGUAUCAAAGCAUGAUAGCAAAUUUGAUUUCAUUGCGUGAGGAAAAAGAGACGCAAAUAAGGAAUGCGAAAGAUGUCCACAAGGCUACUCAUACUAAAUUGUUCGAUGAGAAAAAAAGGGAGGAGAAUCUCGCGCGCGAAUUGGAACAGCUCACAGCUUUGCAAGCGCAAUUCUCGGAGUGGCAAACAGAGCUGGAAAAUAGUCUAAUUAUCUCUAAGCAGAUGUCAAAGAAAGAUAAGGCAAUUCAACGAGAGCUGAUUACUCAGAAACAGCUGAAAGACUGCAUAAUAUAUAAACUCAUGGAGGAAGUAUGGAGAAUUAAGAACGAGAUCGCCAAUCUGGAUAUUCAACUGCAGUUGAAAAAUAAAGAGAAGAUUGAGAUAAAUCAGAUGAUCGCCGACGUUAAUGCUGAUCUAGAAGCGUUGCAUAAGCAGCACAUGAAUUUAUGUAAUGCUUGGAAUUCGGUUGUUCUGAAUAUCACCAAGAGGAAUAAAGUUUACGAGCAAUUAAACGCGGAACGUGAAAAAAUAUGCGAAUCAUUCAAUACGUUACACACGGAAAUAGAAAAAUUAAAGAAAGAAACUCAGAAGGAAGCAGAAAACAAUGAGAAUUUGACCUCAUUCUAUACACGAAUAGAAGACAAUAUACAGAUCAGUACAAAAUUGAUGGAAAUGGGAAAUGAUAAACUCAAUCAUUUCGAAUCUGAAUUAGUUAAAAUAGCAAAAUUUAGUGAACAAGAGCAACGUGAAUUUGAUCUAAUUAAUAAUGAAUGGCAAUAUUUGCUACAUGAAGAAGAGGAAACUCAUAAAGAAUUUAGAAAAUAUCUGAAUAAGCAAAACGAGUUGGAAAAUACAAUAUAUAGCAAACUAGAAGAAAAAGUUGCGCAUAACAAAGCGGCGCACUAUUUAAAUAAAUUAUUAUUAGAUUCUAAAGAGACAAUACAGGAACAAGAAUUGUUAUUGGUAGAAACCGAAAAUUCAUACGGCAAGAAAUUAUUGGAAUUGGAACAACUCAAUUCGUAUAAAUCUCAUGAGAAAAUAGAAUUAGAAGAAUUCUUACGGAGUAAUGAUAAAAAGGAAAAAGAGAUAGAUGAGAUUCAAAAAGAGAUUAAGAAACAUAAUGUUGCAAUUGAAAGAAAACAAGUAAAACUCAUCGGCUUGAACAAAAUCAUCGAAGAGAUAUUAUCACACAGGGACGGUGAAGAACUUAAUCCACUUGACAUGAAAAUAAAAACCUUGGAAAAGAAUAUAGAAGAAGUUCAGCAAAAUAAUCAAAAAGCACAGCAAUUAUGGAUUCGCCAAGAAGGAUAUAUGAUUACACUGAGCCAACAAAAGGAUUUACAAUUACAAGAACUUAAUCUUCUUAAUAAAGAAAUUAUGAUUAUGGAACAAAAGAAUUUGAAGUUAGAGCAUGCUUUGGAAAUGCUUAAUAAAGAAGAAUCGAACAUGGAAAGAACAUUAAAUCUACUGCAACAAAGAAUGGUACAAAUGAAUACACAAUUAAUCAUACAAAAAGGAUUAAAGGAGGAGUUGGAAGACAAAAAUUCUAUUACAAAAACCGAAGGGAUACAAUCUCUUGAGGAUGCAGAAUUAAAUUUAAUAAAGCUACGAAGUGAUUUAAAACAAUUAUAUGAAGAAAAGGCAUUUCUGAAGGAUGAUCUAGAUGCGGUACAACAAGAAAGUUUAUCAUGGGAGAAGAAAGUACAGUUAUUGCAAGAAACGAUGAAAAUGAGAGAUGAACGUAGCAGCGAUGGCGAUAUCACAGCGAUGAAAAGUGAAAUUCAUAAAAUGGAAAUGCGCUUAUCACAUUUGCGUAGGGCGCAAGAAAAAUUGAUCCAAGACAUGGAGUUUUGUGUUGCGCGGAGAGAUAUUAUAUUAGACAAAGUUAUGGGCAAAUUUAAAAAUCCCAAAGGGCAACACAAUCAGAAAGUUAUAUUCUGUAAACGUCUUGCCGAUCAAAAAUUAAAAAUAAAACAAAUCGUGAAGGAAACAAAAAAAAUUGAGAACAGAAUUUUGGAACUGGAAAAUAAAAUGAAAGAUGCAGUAGACAAAUGCAACGAAUCGCGGACAGCAUUGAAAAUAAUAGAAGACGAUGUCCCAAACAUAGAACAAGAGAUUAUACAAGCGGAAGCUAUUAAAUAUCACAAUUUGCAAGCGUUAGUUUUUAAACAACGAAAAGCCAAGAUGCUACAAGAUAUUAAAAAGGGCCAAUACAAGAUGCUAUUUAAGAAUGAAACUACGCUAAAUGAAGAAUUCCAAAACGAACAGAUUCUUCGUGAUUAUUUGAAACAUGUAAUGGAACGUACGAGUCAAGAUUUUCCUUUAUUGAAAAAUAAUAUUCAAAAAAUACUAUUAACAUUAAAAAUAGUAUGAAAUCCCAACAC